AUGAAACCCUGCCUUUCUGCAUUCCUAUUAUUGUUCCUUCUCCUUCUCCACCAAUCUCAGUUCGCGAAGGCUGCUAUUGGGUCUUCUCUUCCGUCUAGUAUCCAGUCUGCUCUUGGGAGAAUUAACAAUCAGGUCAAAGGAAAAAACCUAGAAAAGCUUAAUGGGAAACUGGAGUCUGCUAAAGAAUACGUGGACUUUGUUGAAGAAUUCUUGGGGUAUUUGAUAGAUUCGGGGUAUUUCGAAAAAAAGACCACACUACCAAACCUGCCACUGAAGGAAAGGAAAGGCUUCGCUCCACUCAAAAAAUACCUUUCUAGCUUUGGCUACCUUCCAUCCUCCGACUCAUUCAACAACACUGUCGACCAUCAAACGUUAUCAGCCAUCAAGACCUUCAUGGAAUCUUUCAAUCUCCCAGUUACCUCCGACAUUCUUAAACUCAUGUCGCUACCACGAUGUGCUGUCCCCGACAUGAAUUUUGACUACAGCUUACACCAAAAUGUGUCGUGGCCCAAAGCCAAUGACCGGUGGUUCCGAAAGACAAACCUCACGUACGGUUUUCAUCCGGCUAAAGUCGAACACAACUUCGCCGACGUGUUCAAAAAUGCAUUCAAGCGGUGGGAGAAUGCCGCAGGGUUUUUGAACCUGACGGAGACAACCUACGACGACGCGGACAUUAAGGUUGGAUUCUACAAUCUCGCUACUGUAUUUGUCGGCGACGUGUUUGGCUUGAGCUUGAUAACGGAGAACCCUUCAUCUAGCGUGAAGACAGCUAAGAUAAUUCUCAACGGCGACCUGAUUUGGGCGCUGCCCAAUGAGAAAGGAAACUUGUCGGUGAAGGAUGGAAUUCUGGACUUGGAGAGUGCAGCAAUGCAUCAGAUAGGGCAUUUGCUUGGAUUUGACCACUCUUUCAUGAAUGACUCUGUUAUGUACCCUUACAUUUUGCAAUCGCAGGAACGAAAGGUAGAACUCUCCAAUUCUGACAUGGACAACACUAAGAAACAGUAUGCUAACGUUGACUCUGGCGACGGUGGGUGUUUGGGAGUGCCUUCAAUCACCGCUUUGUUGUCUCUGGGAUUUGCUUACCUGCUUCUUAUGUAUUAA